AUGCCGACCUACAAGAACAGCCAGGAAUGGCUGCAGCAGUCGUCGCUGCUCCUCCAAGCUCGUCCAGCAACCACUAGAAUCACAACCAAAUACUCGAUAAAGGACGUCAAGCCUAGAAAAUCAAAGGCGGACGGCGAGCAGGACAGCACGAUGCCCGACGCGGCGACCGCCAAGCCACCAAGAGGCAGCCUCGAGAUCAAGACAUACGACCCCGUCAGCGGUGUCGCGCUCAAGUACCGGACGACCAAGGCUGCUGAAGUCACACGUCUCAUCAAUUUGCUGGGCUCCCUGGGCCGCACCAUGGCGACAUCCAAGGCCCCCGCGGAGGUCAAGGACGAAGCCGUGGCCGAUACGCCUGCCGAGGAGAAGGGCGUGGGCGCUGCUGAGUUGAAGAGUGGCGCGCAGGAGAAGCCUCAACAAGCUGCGGGUGGCGGUGGUGGAAAGAAGAAGAAGAAGGGCAAGAAAUAA